AUCGACUGGCCUGCCAAACAUCGAUCCACCUCUAGUGCAUGAGUGUGGAAUUUGUUAAACAAAACCGAAACGCGGACAAACUAUAUUUAUGUAAUAAAGGCAGCGCCGAAGAGUUGUGAGCAGUCCACGAGCACGACGCACUUCCUAGGCGAACGCACCGCUCUGUCGACGGCAAUUUAAGUGCAACUGGCUCCGUCGUUGAUUCGUUUAGCUCAGCUCGGCUCGUCGAAAACAAAACCUAUUCCCAAAUCCGCCUCCGAUUACUCUGUGUGUGUGUUGCUCUUUCCGCCGAAAAGUAAAAUCAAAUAAAAAACAACGCACACACACGCGCGAGCGAGCCAACAGAAGCGAAGAAGAAGAGCAGACGCCAGCCAAACAGGCCAACAAAUAAGUGCAAGCCGAAUAUCCGCGCAGACAGGGGAGCAGAACUAGUCGGCAAAUAAUUAGGGGAGCCCGAAAAGACCGCGAAAAGUGCAGAAAGAGGGGGAACUCUUUCUUUUCACCGCCGAAAGAAACCAGAAGCCUUGUUAUCGAUUUUGUUCGAGGGGAGGGUGUGCGUGUGUGUGUGCGAAGCGCGCCCGCGUGCGGGUGUGUGUGCUCUCGGCGCGUUAUCAAAAACAACAACAAUAGGCUGCGAAGUAACAGCAAAAGCAGAGCCCAGCAAGAGGAAGAGAUCCUUAGCCGGUUGCAAAUCGCGCCAUCCCACUCGCACCGCGCUCAAUCGCGGAAAUCGGAUCGUGGUCGAUUUAUCGAAUUAAUCGGCCCCAACCCCCUGCCCGUGAACGAGUACCAAAACGAGGAAAACACCAGAGUCCACUUGUUUCAAAUGAUUUCGCUGCUGCAAAUGAAAUUCCAUGCGCUUUUGUUGCUGCUAUCAAAAGUCUGGACAUGUAUCUGCUUCAUGUUCAAUCGCCAAGUGCGAGCUUUUAUCCAGUAUCAACCGGUUAAAUAUGAACUCUUCCCGCUGUCGCCCGUUUCGCGCCACCGCCUGAGCCUGGUGCAGCGAAAGACCCUCGUCCUGGACCUGGACGAGACGCUCAUCCACUCCCACCACAAUGCGAUGCCCCGGAACACGGUGAAGCCGGGCACGCCGCACGACUUCACCGUGAAAGUGACCAUCGAUCGGAAUCCAGUGCGCUUCUUCGUGCACAAGCGACCGCAUGUGGACUACUUCCUGGAUGUGGUCUCGCAGUGGUACGACCUGGUGGUCUUCACGGCCAGCAUGGAGAUCUACGGAGCGGCGGUGGCGGACAAGCUGGACAACGGCCGGAACAUUCUCCGGAGGCGCUACUACAGACAGCACUGCACGCCCGACUACGGAUCCUAUACCAAAGACCUGUCGGCCAUCUGCAGUGAUUUAAAUAGGAUAUUCAUCAUUGACAACUCGCCCGGGGCCUACCGCUGCUUCCCCAACAAUGCCAUACCCAUCAAGAGUUGGUUCUCGGACCCGAUGGACACGGCGCUGCUGUCGCUGCUGCCCAUGCUGGAUGCGCUGAGGUUCACGAACGACGUGAGAUCGGUGCUGUCGCGGAACCUGCACCUGCACCGCCUCUGGUAGCAGGUGGGCCGCCUGUCGCUAGUGUAGUUUAUCUGUUUAGAAGGAGGAGGAGGAGGAGGAGGAGCCUCGUAGGCCAGCGGAGCGGGGAGGAGGCGGAGGAGGAUGCCUUCUGAAAUUAACAACAAACAUGGUGGUGCUGUGACACAUUAACGAAUUUUUUCAUUAUUAUUAUUACGUUUACCAUUCAAGUCAGAGGAGCGAGGAGUGGAAAAGAGGAGUGGAGGAGUUACACACAGAGAUAAUAGAGAAAGUGGAGGAGAGAUUUGGAGGUCUGCAAACCGACGAUUGUUUCUUUUUGUGUAUUAUGAUUAACUGUUUUGUAACAACCUAAUUAUACAUGCAUAUUUGUCGGUAUGUGUAGACCAGCUAUUUUUACUUUUACGAUUAUUACAUUUUUUUUGUAUUUUUGUAUUCUUUGAAAAUUUUCGUUUGUUCUUUGUGCGUGUAUAUUUUGAUUAAUAUCAAAUGGAAACUCUUGAACACAGUAUAUAUAUAUAGAUACGAGAGACAGUGAAGUAAACAACAGUAAGAACAAAUUUGUCAAGUUAUAUAUCAUAUUAUUAUAAAUUAAAUCUAAGGCCACUUACAACAGAGUCUUGUAACUUGUAAUUUCUAUGCCCAUGAUUACAAUUAGUUAUUAUAAACUGAAAUUGUUUUCUAUGAAGAUGACAAGGCGAAGCAAAAUACUUAUAAUUAUACAAGUUAGUUGACUACGAAACUUUCCUGGACAUCAUUAUUAUGGAUAAUUAUUAAAUGUAACCGAUUCUGUACAGAA